UGUCAUAAAGCGGCGGGAGUGGGCGGUGGGCGUCUGUGGAUGGAGCUUUCACUUGUGCUGGCGAAAGUAGCAAGGAGAGUAACUUUUGCCCCGCAGUUGGGGCGAAUCAAACAGCCAAGCCAUGUAAGCCCUUAAGUUAUAUUCUUGAAGCCCAGUUUGGACAUUUUUUACAAUGGUGACGUGUAUGGCGCAAGACUCUUCCCAGUCUUCUGGCCAAGCCAGCUGCAGAAUGGGGCUUUGGCGGCACCUGUACGUGCUUCCCCUCUGCGUUUUUAUCGGAUUCGUUGUUACGUUCUUCACGACGUACGCCAUAGCCGUGCAGCUGGACCACGUGAAGCCCAACUUCCCGUACAUCAGCGACGGCGGCACCUGCGCCCCCGAGUCCUGCAUCUUCGGCCAGCUGCUCAACAUCACCGCCGUGCUCCUUGGCCUGACCGUGUACAUCCGGUACAGCCUGGUGGAAGACUACUACAGCGUGGGCCACGCGCGCGCCCGCUGGGAGCGCUGGCUCAACAAGGGCGGCUUCUUCUGCGGCAUGUGCGGCGCGCUCGGCAUCAGCAUCGUCGGCAACUUUCAGGAGACCAACGUGCUGGGCAUGCACCUGUUCGGCGCCAUGCUCGCCUUCUUCCUUGGCGUCUUCUACUGCUGGAUUCAGGUGCCGAUCACGUACAAGACGCGGCCGGACAUGACGCGUCCGUGGCUGACCGGCGUCCGCCUGUUCAUCGCCGCCACCUGCACCGGCCUCUUCGUCAGCGGCUGGGCGUGCGCCGCCGCCACGCCCACAGAGUUCAGCAAACGGCUGCAGGACUCGAUCAAGGCCUGCAACGCCUCAGAGAUCCCGGACAGCGAGUGGGGCCUGCCCCUGCACGGCUGGGAGUACCACAUCUGCAGCACCUCCUCCGAGUGGUGUCUGGCGCUGCUAUUCGCCCUCUACCUGCUCACGUUCGUCUACGAGUUUCGGCUGGUGGCCGUGGAGAAGCCCAAGCUGCUGCGCGUGGCCAGCGUGCUGCACCGGCGUCGCUGGGUAGCUGUCGAUUGUCUGGAACCGCCGCCGCCGCUGCUGGCCGGCCGGCCACCAGCUGGCGCCACCGCCGCCGACCGGUCGCCGCCGCCGCCGCAGACCAGGCUCGACGCUGCCGACACCAACGGCGAGACGGCGCCGUUCGUCGCCCGCGCCACCGCCGCCGCCGUCGUCACGUGACACAGGCCCCGGCGGGAGGGAGUGGUGGUGCGGGGCUGGGCGCGCGGAAGAGGGCUCGCCCCUGGUGCGACUCGGGCGGCGGGCUUAGGCUGUCUUCAGAUGCGGAGGAGGCCUCUCUGAGGUGCUGGAUUGGUGCUAUGGCGACGCUUGAGAGAAUGUAUGUGGCUUUGUUUUUUCCGCAUGUGUUACGCUACUAGUCUUCUCAGUAGUCGAAUGUUGGUACGGCUAUUUAAUAGCCGUACACUGUGUGUCGAUGCUCAGUAUCUUUAAAAGUAGAUCGCUAGUGCAAGCUUGCCGGGGGCGAUGCCGCAGUGCCAAACGAAGGUUGUUUGAGGUUGAAUGGUUUAUUUUAGGUGUCAUCUGUGACACGCUUUUAGUCAUGCCGCCUGUUUCUUUAUGCUGUCCGUUUUGGCAGCGUGUCGUGGUUGGCCUGGGGAACCCCACCUUUAUGCGGUGCGUUCAGAGGCUUCCGGAAGUGCCAUAUUCCGACCGCCGUGAAGACGUAUACUACCGACUCGUUACACAGUGUUGUCCCGCUGUGGGCUUGUUAUCGCUGUCCGUUCGUUUUCGGGGCCGGCCGUCUUCCGGUGUGGGCUGGCCGAUGCGUGGCCGAGUUGUCACUACGUUGCCGUUGUGUUCUGAUCCGUCAGAGAAUGUGUCUGUUUGCCCUGGAUCUGGUGUCUUCCGCUCGGUGUUCCGCCUCAGACGAGGCGGCGUUGUCAUGGCGACUGAUCGGCGUCAGCUGAUGACUAGGUACCGGAGCCUGUGGUGCAGCUUGGCCGUGCCGCUGCGGGCUUCCCAGCUGGGUCUGAAGUCGUUCGUGGUUAAGGUUCGUGUUUCCUGGUCCCCUGGUUCUUCUGUCUCACUCAGUAUGGACGGUCGGGAGCCCUGCCAGAUGCAGUUGUGUUUUGCGCCAGCAGCGAACGUUAUCAGGUUGCACGCCAACGGCGUUAAUUGUUACGCCAAGCGUUCAUGUUAACUGCGCGUCAAACGUUAGUGUUGUACGCCAACGGCGCUCACGAUAUCAUGUUGGCCCUUCUCCUUCUCUUCUCCGUCCCUGCCCACUGCUCCAUGCCCUCUUUCUGUGUACAGCAUCGGGUGUGUCAGGUCUUCUUUCGCCACGCUGUCAUCGGCGCUGGAUUGCCUGUAGCCCUCCCCCCGCCCUCCGGCCGUCACCCCAGCGUCUCGAGGAGCCGCAUACCGCGCUACCCGCGCGGCGGCGGCCUGCUCGACGUCACGCCGGAGGCGCCUGUGGCCCGCUGGCGCCCCCGGCGGCGACCCAGGGCGGCUCGGUGGGGCACCGGCGGCACUGGUGAGCGGCUUCACGCCUGUACUAUCCCUGCUGGUGAUGUCGGGCGCCGACGCGUGGACCGACUCCUGCCGCCAUGCUCAGGUCCCGCCCACCCCUCUGCCGCUGUGUCCAGGUCCCGCCCACCCCUCUGCCGCUGUG